UAGAAGGCGCGACGGCAAUCGCCAUUAUCUCAAAACUUGGAAGACGGCUAGGGUUUCUGCUAGUGAUUCUCUUCUAACAAUACUGAUCGACAGUAUAAAACCCAACAUCAAAGUUUAUGAGAUCUGGAUGAUAGAGAAAGGCACCCGAAACCAGCAAAAGCUCAAAAUUUUCUGAUUAUAAAUACAGCACUUGAGAGAGAAAAAUCAAUAAAAAAAUCUUCUUCGAAAUGAAUGCUGAUUCAGAGUCGAAGAAAGAGCAAUGCGCAACCCGCAAACUGGUUACCAGCGAUUCUUAUUACCCAGACAAAUCUUGAUUCAUAGUCAGUUGAGUUCCGCCGCUUUUAACUCUCCAUGGACUGGUAAAUCGUUUUCGUCAUCCUCAGCUGCUUUCGUAUCCAAUGAGCUGAGAAUCAAGAAGAAAAAUGCAGUUCCAAGGAUAUUUGAGUUGCUGAAACAUUACGUUGAUGCGCUUCGCUCUUUCACUUUCAAGGGUUCAUUGAACGAGGGAAAGGGUAUUCACGGGCAAGUUAUCAAAACUGGUGCUGGACCGGAUGCGUAUAUAUGGAGUUCUUUGGUAAACCUUUACUCAAAAUGUCGGGACUUUCGUUCUGCAGGUCAAGUGCUCGACGAAAUGCCCCAGCGUGAUGUUGUGUCUUGGACAGCAUUAAUUGCUGGCCUAAUUGAUGGUGGAUAUUGGGAUGAGGGCAUCCAUGAAUUCUGUAAGAUGCAUAAGGAAGGUUUGAAGAUCAGUACUCAUACCAUUGCCGCUGCAUUAAAGGGUUGUUCUGUAUCAAUGCAUUUCAGUUUUGGAGAGCAAUUGCAUACAGAAGUCAUCAAACAUGGAUUCUUCUCAGAAGUUUUUCUCGGUUCUUCUUUUGUGAACUUUUAUGCUAAAUGUGGUGAAAUUGAACUUGCCCAGAAAGUUUUCUCCGACAUGCCUGAACAUGAUUUAGUAUCGUGGACAACCUUAAUGGAUGGAUAUGCUGAUAAUGAACAAGGAGAAACGGUAUUGAAACUAUUUUCCAGAAUUGAAGAACCGGAAAUAAAAUUCAGCUGCUUUACUUUAUCAAUUGUCCUCAAAGGUUGUGCUAACUCUGAUAGAAUAACACAAGGUCAGUCCAUACACUCAUUGGCGAUUAAGAUUAAUUCUCACCUUCAUGAAUAUGUCAACUGCAGCCUUCUUAAUAUGUAUUCCAAAUGUCUAAUGCAAGCCGACGCAAUGAAGGUAUUUCAUACAAUCAAACAUCCUAAUGUUGUUGCAUGGACUGAGAUGAUUAGUUGUCAUAUUCAGCUAGGCCAAUUCGUUGAAUCUAUUGAUUUAUUUCAUGAUAUGGUUGGUAGAGAAGUGAAACCGAACCAUUUUACUUUUGUUAAUAUGGUUAAUGCAGCUACUCUUCUUGGUGAUCAUUUAUAUGGUAAGAGUAUCCAUACUUGCAUAUAUAAACAUGGUUUUACUUCAGACAGAUUUAUUAAUACCGCAGUUAUCAACAUGUACAUGAAAUUUGGAUCGGUUAUCGAGGCCCGACAGGUAUUUGACGAAAUUACCCACAAGGAUUCGAGCUCGUGGAAUGCUCUUUUAUCAGGUUUUCAUGAUAUUACAUUCAAACAGAUGCUCGAGGAAGGUUUCGAGCCCGAUAUGUACACAUUUGUUAACGUUUUAAACUCUCUAGACAUUCGAUUUGGAAAGCAAAUACAUGUCCACGUCAUAAAGAACGGUUUCGACAAAAAUAAUUUUGUAGCGACAACUCUUAUUUGCAUGUACGCAAAUGGUAGAAUAUCGGAUGAUGCACGAUCCAUCUUCGAUCGUUUGCAUGAUAAAGAUGUUUCGACAUGGACAGCCAUGAUUUCUUGCCACGCUCGAAACGAUGAAUCUGACGAUGCAAUCAGAUGCUUCUCUCGUAUGAGACUGGAUGGGGAGAGGCCUAACGAAUGCACAAUCUCAAGCUGUUUGAGCAGUUGUUUGGUUCUUGAAACUGGAAAACAGAUUCAUUCGUUGGCUAUUAAGAUCGGUUUGGCGAUUGUUACUGCUGUUGCUAAUGCGAUCAUCAAUAUGUACGUUAAUUCUAGAGCUAUAGAAUAUGCUGAGGCUGUUUUCGAUGAAUUGGUUGAAAGGGAUGUUUUGUCGUGGAACACAAUUAUUUGUGGGUAUGCUCAACAUGGGAAGGGUAAUAUUGCUCUUAGAGCAUUUCAUAAUAUGCUAGACGAAGAUUACGUUCCUGAUAAGAUUACUUUCGUAGGUGUUCUAUCGGCUUGUAGCCAUUCAGAUGAUUUGAUUGAUAAAGGGAUUGAUUAUUUUAACUCAAUGUUUGGCAUAUAUGGAAUUAUACCCGAAAUUCAUCACUAUGGUUGUUUGGUGAGUAUUCUUUGUCGGGCUGGAAAAUUUAACAAGGCUGUGAGAUUGAUAGAGGAUUUGGAAAUGAGCGAAAACUGUUUGAUGUGGGAGAAGGUUCUUUGGCGAUGUAAAUUAUAUGGGAAUUUGGAGUUUGGUGAGAAAGCUGCUUUGAAACUGUUUGAGCUUGAACCUGAAGUUUGCUUUAAUUAUAUAUUGUUGUCUGAUAUAUAUGCUGGAAAAGAAAUGUGGGAGGAAGUUGCAAAAGUUAGAGGUUUGAUGUCUAAAAGGGUGAUUGAAGAUGAACCAGCGCGAAGUUGGGUGGAAGUUGAUGGGCGGUUUCAUAUGUUCUUUGCUCAGGAUUGUUUAAAUCUAAGGAUUAGAGAGAUUUGCCGACAGCUGGGAAGAAAGCAGACUUGACUACCUAUUUUGGAGCUGAGCAAGGAAUUUUGAUCAUUAGAACGAUGAACCUUAAAAUGGUUUCAGAUUCUACAAAGCCAGAUUGCAGACAUGGAGUUUUUCCAUUAAUAUUUCCUGCUCCUAAGAUGAUGGCCGGUUUGUCAACUGUGUCUGGAAGUGGAGUCGGUUGAACAGGCGGCAGUUAAGGAGACUGACAAACUGCUCCUUCAAGGCCCUGAAGAAUGAGAAGAUAAAAAAAAGCGAAAAAAAAUGUGGAAUUGUUCCUUCAAGGCUAUCUAUGGUCAAGAAACUUGAUAUAGUGACGAUCACCAAAUUUAUUGUUGGCUGUGGAAUAUCAUGAUGAAUCUAUUGAUUUGAGAUGUAAGCUAGAGCAAUAUCAUAUUGGUUAAGCCUUAACAUGGCACAUGAGAAAUAAGAUAUAAGUUUGUUAUGGUUACUGUGUUAAAUGCUUGUUUUUUAUGGUUUAACAUGUGACCGUUUUGCUUGCUUUACUUUUAAGGUUGAUUCAAAUCACAUUAGUGCACAUCA